UUUUUCUAUCUAAAAAAGAAUUUGUUGCUGCACUUUGCGCCAUGACAGUCACGGCCGGAUAUGUAUUUUCCCCUUAACAUUGAAGGUUCUUUGCGGCUUUAUAUCCCUCAAGCAAAUAUUAUGUACUUGCAGUGGACUGUAUGGACCUUUUGCCUUCUUCCUUUUUUUUUUUAUCUUUUUUCCCUUUUUUUCCCCUUCUCUUUUCUAUCUCCCCCUUUUCAGACAAACCCAAGCGCCAAAGCGCACGCCGCAAUAUUCGCGUCAGGCAAAAAACCCCUUUUAUUUUAUUUUUUUUUUGGCUUAUCGUUUCUGGGAAAUACACACACACGAUUAGAGCGGAAUCAGUCUGGAUAUUGCUUAGGGAGAAGAAUUAUCUUCUUCUUUCUUUUUUUUGGAAAAGGGGGGGAAGGGGGAGGGGGGAGAAAGGAAGCGGAAGGAAAGGGAAUAUCAUUUCCUUUCCCCCCCUUUUAUCCUUUUGCUCACUCGAAUUGUUCGGUCGUUGCUCCUCUAUUUUUCUUUAUAUAGCUUUCUCUGUAAAUGUUUUAUUUUUCCCCCGCGUAUGUGUGUGUAUUGUAUUGUAUAUAUAUCUCAUCUUUUCACAACAACAAUAUUAACAAAGACUGUCUCUUCCAUGUAAGCCAUGUACGCCAUGUAGAGUAUCAUUUAUAAGAUAUAUGUGGAGUUAGUG